AUGGCCAGCAUCCCACUAGCAAGUGGUGAGGAAUUCCAUGGAGCUGGAAACACAGGAUUUUCUAGACAGAAAGCAAGACUGGGAAAGAGGGGUUGUCUCAGCUACGAGCAUAGACUUCUCUACAUCCUGUGCAUGUCCCGUUAUGUGUCUGACUCUGGACCCUUCCAUGUCAGGUGCCUGCUCUUUGAAACUCUCAGCUCUCAGCUAGAUCCCAAGGUACACCUCCACAUCCCCAGCAGCUCAUAUUAUCUCAGGACAGUAUCUGGAUGUCCAAGCAGGAAGAAUCAAAGCCCAGCCAGUGCCAGCUCCUCCUUGAAGAGAGAACCCUCUUGGCGCCUCCCCUCGUGCUCUCUCCGGCGCCGGGCAGCCCAGCGCUUCUCGUUUCCAGACUUCCUGACUCUGCCCGCCCCGAGAGCGGUGACAUUGCCCGGGGAUCGCGCGGGGACGGCCGCGCCGCCGCCGGGGACAGCGCUGUGCGGUGAUGCUUCUCCCCAGCCCUCUUUUAACAAGACUGCUCAGCAAUUGGCCGGCCGGGGCCUCCCCGUCGCCACUCCUCCCCGGCCGCUGGAAUCCCAGCGAGUGCGUUGCGGCUCGCUCAGAACGCUUGGAAAAUGCCCUCCCGAGCUUGGCCUCGGCUUGGCCAGGGAAGCCGACCGGCCGGCCGACUGCCUUCAUUAUUGUUUAGACAGCAAGCCUCAGAGCAAGAAGGAGGCAAAGUACAGGCAGAUCGCAGGUGAUGGCUGUGGUCACAUAGUGGCUUAUCAGGACAGUGGCACAAUGACUUCCAAGAAUUAUCCAGGGACUUACCCCAAUCACACAGUUUGUGAAAAGACUAUCACAGUACCAAAGGGGAAAAGAUUGAUUCUGAAGUUGGGAGAUGUGGAUAUUGAGUCCCGGACCUGUGCUUCUGACUAUCUUCUUUUCACCAGCUCUUCUAAUCAGUAUGGUCCCUACUGUGGAAGUAUGACAGUGCCCAAAGAACUCUGGCUGAACACCAGCGAAGUAACUGUUCGAUUUGAGAGUGGAUCCCACAUUUCUGGGCGGGGUUUUUUGCUGACCUAUGCCAGCAGCGACCAUCCAGAUUUAAUAACAUGUUUGGAGCGAGCCAACCAUUAUUUGAAGACAGAAUACAGCAAAUUCUGCCCAGCUGGUUGUAGAGACAUAGCAGGAGACAUUUCAGGCAAUGUGGUGGAUGGCUACAGAGAUACCUCUUUACUGUGCAAAGCUGCCAUCCAUGCAGGAGUAAUUGCAGAUGAAUUGGGUGGUCAGAUCAGCGUGCUUCAGAGCAAAGGGAUAAGCCGAUACGAAGGAAUCCUGGCCAAUGGCGUGCUCUCAAGGGACGGUUCCCUGUCGGACAAGCGGUUUCUGUUUACGUCCAGUGGUUGCAGCAGAUCCUUGAGUUUGGAACCUGAUGGGCAAAUCAGAGCUUCUUCUUCUUGGCAGUGGAUCAGUGAGAUCAAAGAACGAGUACAUUGGUCUCCUGGCCAAGCCCGACUUCAGGACCAAGGGCCGUCAUGGGCUUCAGGGGAUAGCACCAAAAACCACAAGCAACGAGAGUGGCUGGAGAUUGAUUUAGGAGAGAAAAAGAAAAUAACAGGAAUUAGGACCACAGGAUCCACACAGUCAAAUUUCAACUUUUAUGUUAAGAGUUUUGUGAUAAACUUCAAAAACAAUAACACCAAGUGGAAGACCUAUAAAGGAAUUGUCAAUAAAGAGGAAAAGGUGUUUCAGGGCAACUCUAAUUUUCGGGAUCCCGUGAGGAACAAUUUCAUUCCCCCCAUCGUGGCCAGAUACUUGCGGGUUGUGCCCCAGACAUGGCACCAGAGGAUAGCUCUGAAGGUGGAGUUGAUCGGUUGCCAGAUUACACCAAGCAAUGACUCAUUGGUGUGGCGCAAAACAAGCCCCAGUGUUGGUUCAACUAAAAGAGAAGAGGAGAUGGUCACAAAAUCCAUGCCCCCUGAAGAAAUACACACAGGAAUAAACAUCACAGCUGUUGUUAUUCCGCUGGGGCUCCUCAUCUUGCUGGGUGCUGGAAUGGCAAUCUUCACAGUCAUUAAAAAGAGAAAGAAGAAAGGAAAUCCUUACGCAUCAGCUAAGGCUCAGAAAACAGACUGCUGGAAGCAGAUUAAAUAUCCCUUUGCCAGACAUCAGUCCACCGAAUUCACCAUCAGCUAUGACAAUGGAAAGGAAAUGACACAAAAGUUGGAUCUCAUCACAAGUGACAUGGCAGAUUACCAGCAGCCUCUCAUGAUCGGCACAGGGACAGUCACCAGGAAGGGCUCCACCUUCCGGCCGAUGGACACUGAGGCCAACGAGGCCCGGGCGAGCACGGAGGCCCGAGGCCACUACGACUGCCCCCUGCCGGCCGGCCGUGGCCACGAGUACGCCCUGCCCCUGACCAACCCCGAGCCCGAGUACGCCACGCCCAUUGUGGAGCGGCACCUGGCCCGCGCGCACACCUUCUCCGCGCAGAGCGGCUACCGCGUCCCGGGGCCGAGGCCCGCACACAAACAUUCUCUCUCUUCUGGCAGUUUCUCCCCGGCAGUAGGAGCGGGAGCCUCGGGCUACCAGAUGCCUCAGAGCCCUGAGCCCGCCGAUCCAGGCUACGAUCAGCCCAAAGCCAGCGGGUGUUUAACCUCGGAGAUUGCAGAUUCUGACUAUCAGAAGCCACAGAUGAAUCUUGCAAUGAAUGACGCUUACUCAGCCCCCAGGGACUGCCUCAAUCCCCUCAGCCAGACAGCCAGGACUGCUCUUUUGUGAGCACAAUGUGAAAGAAACCUGCUGUGGUACUGAGCGUCCGGGGUGUGUGUGUUUGCGUGUGUAUGUGUGUGUGUGUGUG